ACAUGUUUAAAGUAUUUCAUUGGUCCCUAAUGGUGGCCGGCAUUGGCAUGUUGGUAUCACUGUUUGGUGCUUAUUGCGGCUGGUUCCUGUUCCCAACAAUGGUGCAUAAAAAAGUCGAAGAGAGUGUCGUUAUCGCCGAUGGUUCAGAGCAGUACAAACGUUUCGUGCAACUACCGCAACCUUUAACCUUUAAAGUCUAUAUAUUUAAUGUUACAAAUCCCUACAAGGUACAACAGGGUGCCAUACCAAUUGUUAAAGAAAUUGGACCCUAUAUUUACAAACAAUAUAGAACGAAAAAAGUGAAACAAUUUUCACAUGAUGGUUCAAAAAUUACAUUUGUUCAAGAUCAAACGUAUGUUUUUGAUGAGAAUGCAUCGGCUCCGUUUAAGGAGAGUGAUCAUAUAGUGGCACUUAAUAUGCACAUGAAUGCAUUUUUACAAGUAUUCGAAAGAGAAAUCACAGACAUUUUACAGGGUUUUGCCAAUAGAAUUAACUCGCGGCUGAAUAGAACGCCGGGUGUGCGAGUAUUGAAACGUUUAAUGGAUCGCAUACGUGGGAAACAACCCUAUAAAUGGGUCCGCAAUAUAUUUCAUACGCUAUUAGAUAAUGCAAAAUCGGUUUUAGAAAUUGGUGAAAAUGAUCCGAGUUUGGCUUUACUGCUGGUCCAUUUAAAUGCCAAUUUGAAGGCCAUUUUCAAUGAUCCCAAAACGAUGUUUGUCCAAACUACCGUCAAAGAGUAUCUAUUCGAUGGUGUGCGAUUUUGUAUUAAUGCCCAGGGUCUAGCCAAAGCCAUUUGUAAUCAAAUCAAAGAUGGUGGUUCCAAGACAAUACGUGAACUUAAAGAUGGCAGUUUGGCAUUCUCAUUUUUCAAUCAUAAAAAUGGCACUGGUCAUGAUGUCUAUGAGGUCCACACUGGCAAAGGUGAUGCCAUGAGAGUUUUAGAAAUUCAAAAACUAGAUGACAAUCAUCAUCUACAAGUCUGGCUUAAUUCCAGUGACAACAAUGGCACCUCCAAGUGCAAUCAAAUCAAUGGCACCGAUGCCUCUAUGUAUCCACCAUUUCGCCAAAAAGGCGAUUCCAUGUACAUCUUUAGUGCCGAUAUUUGUCGUUCUGUGCAGCUAUUCUAUCAAAAGGAGAUCAUGUACAAAGGCAUUCCCGGUUAUCGUUAUUCGAUUGGCGAGAAUUUCGUCAAUGACAUUGGGCCGGAACAUGAUAACGAAUGCUUUUGUGUGGAUAAAUUGACGAAUAUUAUUAAGCGUAAAAAUGGUUGCUUGUAUGCUGGUGCCUUGGACUUGACAACCUGUCUGGACGCACCAGUUAUUUUGACAUUGCCCCAUAUGCUGGGAGCCUCGAAUGAAUAUACGAAAACCAUACGAGGACUAAAUCCGGAUGCCAAGAAACAUCAAACAUUUGUUGAUGUGCAACAUCUUACGGGCGUUCCGCUGCAGGGUGGCAAACGUGUUCAGUUUAAUAUGUUUCUGAAGAGCAUUAAUCGUAUAACGAUUACGGAAAAUCUAACAACAGUUCUAAUGCCCGCCAUUUGGGUGGAAGAGGGCAUUGAGUUGAAUGGGGAAAUGGUGACAUUUUUCAAGAAACGUCUCAUCAAUACACUGAAAACGUUGAAUGUUGUGCAGUGGGCUGCGUUGUUUGGUGGCAUUGGAGUGGCCUUUAUUUGCUUAAUUUAUUAUGUGGUACGUCGUCGAAAACCGGCUGCUGUUGUGGAAGCACCUUUGAAAUAAAAAUAAUAAUCAUUAUCAUUUAUAUGUUUGUUUUCGCAUUUGCCAGCCCCUAAAAGUGGCUGGACAGCUUCAUACGUGACAUUUUUCUAUAAUAAACAUCUUGUUGUUAUUG